AUGUUGGCCCGGAAGAACUCAUCGUCACGUGGAGCACCGGGUUCAGCGGCUCCGUUCGGAGCUCGUGAGAGCAUUGCCGCCAUAUCAGACAUGCUUAGCACACAACAUAAGAAGCCAGUCAGGAGUAGUUACGUAGAAAGUGAUCGUGUGGAGUGGGCCCUCAAAAUAGCAUGUACAAUAUCAAUGAUAACGGUCUGUCUGCAUACUCCACGAACAAUUGAAUUGUUUCCACCGUUAACAUAUAUCAUUCUGGCAGCCGACUUCAUUUCAGUAUCAGUUUUUAUGUUGGAUUCAGUGUUACGAAUUCAUUAUGAAGGCAUUUUUCGAUGCGAUUCCUCAUAUUUAUCAAAUCGCUGGUCCCAAUUCUCAGUCUUCAUUUCAAUCAUUCACUUACUCUCGUUUCUUCUUCAUUGUUAUCAACUUAUUGACAAAUUUUUUCCAUUUCUUCAUCUAAAUUACCGUGUUUGGUACGGUGUCAUUCGGUCGAUUCGGCCAUUCAUAAUAAUCAGAUUAAUACCACUUAUAGUCAAAUUCAAGUUACCGAAAAAUAGGAUUGAACAGUUGUUAAAACGUUCAUCUCAACAAGUGAAGAAUGUCACAUUGUUUUUUGUGUUUUUUAUGACAUUAUAUGCAAUAUUUGGAAUUCAAUUAUUUGGAAGAAUGGACUAUCAUUGUGUUCAGCCAAAAACCGACCCUAACAACGUCACAAUAAUGGACCUUGCCAUACCCGAUACAAUGUGUGCUCCUGAAGGAAUUGGAGGAUAUGAAUGCCCAAAUCCAAUGGUUUGUAUGCAACUAAAUCUGAAUGCAAAGGGAGAAGGAUUCUAUGGAAUGUUCAAUGACUUCGGAGCAAGUGUCUUCACAGUUUAUCUGGCUGCUUCUGAAGAAGGAUGGGUCUACGUACUCUACGAUUGCAUGGAUUCACUUCCUUCCUAUCUAGCAUUUCUCUAUUUUUGUACUCUCAUUUUCUUCUUGGCCUGGCUUGUGAAGAACGUCUUCAUUGCUGUGAUCACUGAAACAUUCGCGGAGAUUCGAGUGCAGUUUAGUGAAAUGUGGCAGAAGAAAGAGGUGACGUUGGAUGAAGGAUUUCGGAAGAAGUUAGAGAAAACUGAUGAUGGAUGGAGAUUGAUUCGAUUAGAUGGAGAAGUUGAAGCAGAAGGACCAAAACAGAAGUUGCAAUGGAUGCUGCGAAGUAUGUAUUUUCAAUGUUUUGUAAUCAUCUUCGUCGUCCUCAACGCAAUCGGAAAUGCUAUGUUUGUCUACCGUCACGAUGAAACAGACAUCCCACGGAAACACAAUUUCUACCUGUUCGAAGUUGGAUUCACAAUUCUCUUCAACGUGGAAUGCAUCAUCAAAAUUCUUUGCUAUGGAUUUCGAAACUUUAUUCGUCGAGGAAUAUUCAAAUUCGAGUUGAUUCUUUGCAUCGGAAGCUCGUUGAAUUGCGUGAAAUUCUUCUACGAACGGAAUUAUUUCACUUAUUUUCAAACGUUUCGAUUACUGAGACUGAUCAAGGCCUCCCCGAUUCUUGAAGAUUUCGUAUGGAAAAUCUUCAGUCCAGGGAAGAAAUUGGGAGGACUUGUGAUAUUCACAAUUGCAUUUAUCUGUUGUUGCUCUGCAAUUUCUCUUCAACUUUUCUACUCCGUCCCCAAUCUUCAUCAUUUUCGAACUUUUCCACAAGCGUUCAUGUCAAUGUUCCAAAUCAUAACACAGGAAGGUUGGACCGAUUUCGUUGUGGAAGUUCUUCGAGCAACAGAUGACAAUCUGGUUCCCUUUGUGGCACUUUAUUUUGUCGCAUAUCAUCUCUUUGUUACUUUGAUCGUGCUCUCCUUAUUCGUCGCUGUAAUUCUCGAUAACUUGGAUAUGGAUGAACAACUCAAAAAAGUGAAACAACUGAAAGCACGAGAAGCGACAACUUCGAUGAGAUCUACUCUUCCUUGGAGACUUCGAGUCUUCGAGAAAUUUCCAACGAGACCUCAGAUGGCUGUGAUGAGAAAAGCAGACAGCGAUUUUCCUAUGCCAAAGGUUCGUGGAAGUUUCACACAUCAAUUCGCAGUGGAUCAUAGUUUGGAGACAACUGAUGUCAUGGAGACUGACUUCGAAUUCCCAAAACGACUGAUGAGAUCAGCUGGUAACAGGAAAAUCUCGAAACACGGUUUGACAUUUCGUCAGAUUGGAUCAACAUCUCUUCGAUGCAGUCUCAAUAAUCUCCUUGAAAAAUCUCGAUCAAUGACUGGAAAGUUUCUGCAAACAGCUGUGAGAAACAAGCAGUUCAAUAUGUAUAGUGAGAAUGGAGACCUCUCAAGGCCCUCAGAUUCUGCACCGAAAAAGAAUGCGAAGCAAGGAGAAAUUGAUAUUCGAGCACUGCAACAGAAGAGACAGUUGGCAGAGAUUACAAGAAAUCGAAUCGAAGAAGACAUGAGAGAAAACCAUCCGUUCUUCGACCGCCCACUUUUUCUCGUCGGUCGAGCUUCACAACUUCGUGAAUUCUGCAAAAAACUAGUCCAUUCAAAGUAUGACAGUCAAGAUGAUGGAAUAAAUGGAGGUGGAAAAACAAAAAAGAGAUUCAAAGAGAUUCGUGCUCUCAUCGGAAUCAUGCCGUAUAUUGAUUGGGCGAUGGCUACAGUAACCAUCCUCUCGUGUAUCUCGAUGCUUUUCGAGAGUCCUUGGCCGACGACUGGAGAGAAUUUAGUGAUGAAUAAUGCGUAUUUGCAGAUCAUGGAUUACUUCUUCGUUCUUGCAAUGACUUUCGAACUCUGUGUCAAAAUUAUUGCCAACGGACUAUUCUUUACUCCAAAAGCAGUUGUUCGAGAUGUCGGAGGAGUUAUGAAUCUUUUCAUUUAUUUUACAUCCGUAAUCUUUCUUGCCUGGAUGCCGAAACAUGUGGAGAUAAACAGUUUAGCCCAGUUUCUUAUGAUUUGCAGAGCGAUGAGGCCGUUGAGAAUCUACACCCUGGUCCCCCACAUUCGUCGAGUCGUUCUUGAAUUCUUUCGUGGAUUCAAAGAAAUUGUUUUGGUGACAAUAUUGAUGAUAGUUGUUAUGUUUAUUUUUGCAAGUUUUGGAGUUCAAAUUGUUGGUGGAAAGUUGGCGGCGUGUAAUGAUCCGACUAUUUCUUCGAGGGACAACUGCACCGGCGUCUUCUGGCAGAAAUUAUUUGUCACACGGCUAGAAGUUUAUGGGAAAGAUACGGAAGCCAUGCAUCCCAAAAUCAUGGUUCCCCGAGUGUGGACGAAUCCUCGAAACUUUAAUUUCGAUCAUGUUGGCAACGCAAUGCUUGCAUUAUUCGAGACUCUCAGCUUCAAAGGAUGGAAUGUGAUUCGAGAUAUUCUAUGGAAUCGACAUGGACCCUGGGCUGUCGUCUUCAUUCAUAUCUAUGUAUUCAUUGGAUGUAUGAUUGGAUUGACUCUGUUUGUCGGAGUGGUCAUUGCCAACUACACUCAGAACAGAGGAACAGCUCUUCUUACGGUUGAUCAAAGAAGAUGGCAUGAUCUGAAAGCAAGAUUGAAAAUGGCUCAACCACUUCACGUCCCUCCGAAGCCUUCUGAAUCCGCACGUCUUCGAACGAAACUAUAUGAUUUGACAAUGAGUAGAUGGUUCAAUCAGGCAUUUGCUCUUCUCGUUGUUCUCAAUUCGUUCACUUUAGUAAUACCAUGGAAUGUAGAAGAAGAGGAGCAAAGAGCCACAUAUGUGUUCACUGUAACAGCUCUCGCUGCUUGUAUGAAUAUGUUGUUCGUAGUUGAAAUCAUUCUGAAAGUCAUUGCAUACACUUUCUCCGGAUUCUGGCAAUCAAGAAGAAAUCGAGUGGACUUAUUGAUCACUGUUUUCGGAGUCAUCUGGAUUUUUCUUCAUUUUUUUGUGGCGCUUCCUUCUUCGAAAAUUGAUGUUGACGUACAAGUUGAACUGAAGAAAUUUACAUACACCUUCGGAUAUCUUGUUGUCAUUUUGAGAUUCUUCACGAUUGCAAGCCGCAACUCCACUCUGAAAAUGCUGAUGUUAACAGUCGUAAUGUCAAUGUUUCGGUCGUUUUUCAUCAUCACUGCUCUCUUUCUUUUGGUUCUUUUCUAUGCAUACACUGGAGUUAUUCUAUUUCCGAUGGUCAAAUAUGGAAUGGCUGUUAGCAAACACGUCAACUUUCGAACAGCUUCCGAAGCAUUGGUUGUGUUGUUUCGAUGUUUGACCGGAGAGGAUUGGAAUGAUAUUAUGCAUGAUUGUAUGAGAAGUGCGCCAUUCUGUUAUUGGAUCGAAGGAAUGAACUAUUGGGAGACGGAUUGUGGCAACUUUUAUGGAGCUAUCAUCUAUUUUUGCUCUUUCUAUCUCAUCAUCACUUACAUCGUUCGAAAUCUUCUUGUCGCUAUCAUCAUGGAGAACUUCUCGUUGUUCUACUCAUCUGAAGAAGAUGCUCUUCUCAGUUACGCUGAUAUUCGAAACUUUCAAUACGUGUGGAAUAUGGUGGAUCAAGAACAGAAACGAACGAUUCCGGUGGAAAGAGUCAAAUUUCUUUUAAGAUUAUUGAAAGGAAGAUUGGAAGUGAAUCCGGAAACUGAUCGAAUUCUUUUCAAGCAUAUGUGUUAUGAAAUGGAAAGAUUGCAUAAUGGAGAAGAAGUUUCGUUUCAUGACGUUUUAUAUAUGCUCUCCUACCGUUCCGUUGACAUCCGUAAAUCCCUUCAACUCGAAGAACUGUUACAAAGGGAAGAACUCGAAUUCAUAAUUGAAGAAGAAGUUGCAAAACAAACUAUCCGAACAUGGCUCGAAGGAUGCCUUCGAAAAAUGAGAAACCCGAGUCAAAAAGAUUCAGAAGGCGUGAUUCCAUCUGGAGGACAUCCAGUCGUUCAUUCAUCUGGACACUCAUCGAUAUCUCAUGAAGAAACUAUUGCUCAACGACUUCGAUUUGAAAGCAAUCGAGGAGAUAGUGUGGAUACAGAAGAGACGGAGAGUAGUGAAGAAGACACGCCUCCUCCGAUUCGGAAGAAGGCAGCAGUGAAGAAUCGGAGAGGAAGUAUUCCAGACGUUCUCUCGAGAACCGGUCUAUUCCAAGAGGCUGCUCGAAAGUUCAUGGUUGGAAGUUCAAGUGAAAAAAAGCAAGUCAAAUCGCGAUCGCCUGAAACCGUCCAGUUGCUUCCGAAACGAGCUAGUUCCGAGAUCCGAAAGGGUUCCGGACAGCCGAAGAAUUUUCAUCUUCAACUAAACGUCUAUGACCUUCCUGACGUAGAGGAACGGGGCGAAGAUUCUCCGUUUUCACCCAAAAACUUAUCUGAUGAAUUCAUGGGAGAACACUCACCAUUGGUGAUAACUCCUUCAUUACCGGUACCAUCGACACAGGGAAGUCCGAGACCUCUGAUGCCGAGUGAAACUACAAAAGAUAUUGAUAAAUGGUGGAAUUCUCUGGUCGAUUAG